CGCAAAAAACUUUGCCUUAUUGCCGGCGGCACAGGUGUGGCACCGAUGCUGCAGAUCAUUCGUGCCGCACUCAAGAAGCCGUUCCUUGAAAAUAUCGAGAGCAUCCGCCUCAUCUACGCUGCCGAAGAUGUCUCGGAGCUCACGUACCGCGAACUGCUUGAACAUCACCAGCGAGAUUCAAAGGGAAAGUUUCGCAGUAUUUUUGUUUUGAAUCGCCCUCCACCAAUUUGGACUGACGGCGUUGGGUUCAUUGACAAGAAGCUUCUGAGCUCAUCCGUACAACCGCCGGCAAAAGAUCUGUUGGUGGCCAUCUGCGGCCCGCCAAUUAUGCAGCGCGUUGUCAAGACGUGCCUGAAGAGUCUUGGGUACGACAUGCAACUAGUGCGUACUGUCGACGAAGUGGAAACCCAGAACUCAUCCAAGAUGUAA